UGAAAGGGUCGGGACAAGCCUCUCUUCAUCUUUCUAUAUCUCCUAUUUACGAUCAUUGUGCACAAACUGUUAUUUCACUAAAUAUAGCUGCAUGAAGUCUGGGAAAAUCAGCUUGUGUAAUGGCGACCUGGCAAGGAUAGGUACAAGAUGGCUGUGCGACUGAUGCUGAUUUUUAACAUCUUUUCUUGCACAGUGCUAUCUCAAAUUAACGGACAACAUACGACAGCAGUUCUUCAUCCCACGCCUACGACUUCAAUUCCCAUGGAUAAUACUUCAAGAAAUGCUACUACAAGAAUACCAGACUCUGUCUCAAAAGCGAAAGUCGAGCAAAAUAAUCGGCAACACAAUGGUACCAUCGGAGACAAGUUGUCAUCUACAGCAUCAGAAAGGUCGACUUCAUCAACAACCACGAAUGUUACUACUAUGCCAGUGACUGUAUCGACGUCUUCGGCAACCACUAAUAUUACUAUGCCAGUGAGUGUGUCGACUUCUUCGGCAACCACGAAUGUUACUACUAUGCCAGUGAGUGUAUCGACGUCUUCGGCAACCACUAAUAUUACUAUGCCAGCGACUGUAUCGGUUGCUUCGGCAACCACGAAUGUUACUACUAUGCCAGCGACUGUGUCGACUUCUUCGGCAACCACGAAUAUUACAAUGCCAGCGACUGUGUCGACUUCUUCGGCAACCAUGAAUGUUCCUACUAUGCCAGCGACUGUGUCGACGUCUUCGGCAACCACGAAUGUUACUACUAUGCCAGCGACUGUGUCCACUUCGGCAACCACGAAUAUUACUAUGCCAGUGACUGUGCCCACUUCUUCGGCAACCACAAACAUAACUGUGUCAGCUUCUUUAGCAACCACGAAUGUUACAACUGUGCCAGCGACUGUGUUAAACAUUCGAACCGAGUCAUCCUCCGUGAUUAUGAAAGAAGAAACAUCUACCGGUUCUCCUAGUUCUGCUCUACCAGUAAAAGCGACCCCUCUUCAAACAUCUGUGAAACCCGAUGUCUCAACUGAAGGAGCUACUUCCACAAGAACGAUACAAAAUGAAAACACAUCACCAUCGAUGCCUGUUUCUGGAGAGACAUUUGAAAAGGUCAGGAUGUCUACAUCAAGCAGAAAUAACCUAGUACCAACUAAUGAACCCUCCUCCUCCAGUAACAACCCUACACCAACAUCACAGACCUCGGGGACAGCUACAAGCAUGAGGCCAGCUACAUUUCCUAAUACUUCGCCAUCGCAGCCUUACGCCUCUGCUCUGGAGGAAAGGACCACCACAGUAACCACGGGAACCACUGGAACCACAGUAACCACGGGAACCAGAGGUGCUGCAAGACCAAAAGCAAGGCCUGACACCAACACAUUUCCAGAUACAACGCAGCUGACUCAGUCAGUCAGAAACGACCGAGUCAUGGCGGUCGUCGAAGAGAAUGGCGUCAACGCCACUGCCAGCAAAAUGUCAAAGGAAAGCGUUGAAGAGAAAGAAGACAGACAAUUGUUUUACAUUGCUAUGGGCAUCCUGGGUGGUACAGCUGUACUUGUUCUGGCCGUGGCCGUCAUAACCUACUUCACACACAGGGAAUUGCCUGCUCGAGUGGAUAUAAGAAAAUUCACGUCUUAUACGUCCAGUGCUUGACUGCUCUCCACAGGCAUGGUCUAUAUUACACAAUACAUUACAUUGUCAGGAGUGAGACAAUGGGGAUGGGUAUUAAGUCGCGCCGUUCGGGGCACAAGACUUGUGUGUCGUUGACGGUUGUAUCAGAUAUGUUAUUUGCUAACAGUUCGCAUCACAUUUUCACGCAGAAUCAACAUUUAAAAGAAUUAGUGUUGUGCGUUAGGAUCAAUCUCAUUAAAAUCAGAUCUUAGUUCUCGCUACCGCUAAACA